CGGCGAACACCGAUAUGGAAAGGCGACACCAGGCCGAUUUGAAACGAAUCCAAGAGCUCGAGGAGCUGUGCAACGGCCUGCGCACGCAAGUUGAAAGCGCGAACGAUGGGCAAGGGGAUAGGACUAGCGCUACGGCCGCGGCAGAGGAUGUGGAGAUAGUCGGGCAGACCCCUAGGCAAGGUGGAGGAACGGCUGAAGAACGGAUAUCGGAAUCGCGGAGAACGGAAAAGAGACCCGAGCGGGUGUUAGCACCUCAAAGGGGUGGCAGAGGAUCAAGACAGACCGGCAAUUCGUCUGUGCGGGGACGAGACAGCAGCGUGUCGAGCAGGGCUCCGAAACGCACGGAAAUGGGGUUGACCGGUGUUUCUGCGCAGAGGCGUCCUACCGUGGCCUCAGACAAGACGACGAAUGGCGAUCGCCCCGUCAUGUCGACGCUCGACAAUAACGCUCGUGUAUCUCGCGUUCUACCAGCUCUCGAUAAAUGCGCUCAGAGUCCGCAGAAAGAUGCAGCAGGGCCGUCGAGCCUGCUUCGCAAAACAGUCCGGAGUUCGGCCACGGACUCGGACACCGCGGGCGAUGUCAUCGAUCUCAUGAGCGAUCUGAGCGACGAGGAGGACCAGGAAGAGGAAGUGUCAACUCCCAAGUCUGAGAAAGAAGGAGAUACUGCAGCGGAUGAACAUAAGUCCAAGUCUAAGAAAGUGGGCGAUUUCUACGUGGAGAAAUCUACUCCAGCGGCGCGUAACAAGCGAGCUGCCGACGCUGAUUCGCCUAACGGGGCCGCUCUGCCUCCUCGAGAGCCCAAACGGCCGAGGCAGAGUAGCCCAAGACCGACCAGGCAUGUCGCCACGAGUUCACCAAACUCUCCCAGGCCCCCGGUUCCCGAGUAUACCAUGGACGUCAGCAAUAUCGCGGAAUUCAAGUUUCAACGAGCGCUCUUGCACCUGACGUACAAGGGGAAUCCGCAGGCGAUGAUUAACAAGCUGUCGGAUGGCCAGAUGGUGCUGGCCGUCCAGCCCACGAUGAACCCCUUCGUUCCGGCGCGCCCGGGCGCGGGUGGUAUGUUGUGGUCGAACAGGCCGCAGAUCAUGGAGCAUCAGCAGUGGAAGGUGGUCGUUAAAUGCGAAAAGGCGACGCCACAGACGUGGGAGUACCGGGGAGACUACCGGGUGUCGCGCGGCGAGGCCGUUAGCCCGGAGGUGUUCAUGAGCCAGCCGUUGUCGGUUCGCAACGAAUGGGGCAAGACGAUCGCGCAUUCGACUACGCCGGGCAAGUGUUACACUACCAUGCGCAUCAGGAUCGCGGAUCGGAAGAAACAGGAGAACAACGGCGAGGAUGUGACCAUCGGCGAAGCCAUUCACGCGAUUAGGUCCGGAGAGGAGUAUAUUGCGAACUCAUGUUAUGGGCAGGAGCUCGGGACCAUCAACCUGGAGUUCGUCGGGUACGAUGUGCCUUUCGUAGAGAAGAUCAGGAAGAGAGCCGAAGCAAGCAUUGCCUGA